CAAAGCCAAUAAGAAGAGACCACACGCAAUUCCAAUACCAAACCCCCCACCCUUUUUACGGUUUUACCCAGGAAAAUCCGAACCUCUCCAGCUUCUGCUCUCUAUAAAAUUCUGCCCAGGGAUCUGCCAGAAUCUCUGGGAUGCGGGUAGCUUAAAAUUAAUCAUCUUUUUGUUAUCUUUGUUCUUCUCUUGGAUUUUGCUUCAAAACAGCAAAAUCCAAAAAGGCUGUUGUAUAACCCAGAAAAUAACUACUACCAAUUAGAGAAUUCCCCUCUUGUUUGAUGGGUUUUCUCUCUGAUUCACAAAAGGGGUCUGCUGGUGGUGGUGGUGGUGGUGGUGGAGGAAAACAGUGUUCUUUGGCCUGCGGAUUUAAAGGUUUGAUAAGGAGGAAACAGGUUGACUCAAUCCAUUCUAAGUCCUCCGGUACUGGGCACCAUCAAUUGGCCAAGGAAUUAUCUGUUCCUCACCUAAUUGCUAUUGGGGUUGGUUCAACCAUUGGUGCUGGGGUUUACAUUCUUGUUGGGACGGUUGCAAGGGAGCAUGCUGGGCCAGCCCUUACCCUUUCAUUCCUGAUAGCCGGUAUAGCAGCUGCUCUAUCUGCCUUCUGUUAUGCAGAGCUUGCAAGUCGUUGCCCAUCAGCCGGAAGUGCCUAUCAUUAUUCGUACAUAUGUGUUGGAGAAGGUGUUGCUUGGUUAAUCGGUUGGGCUCUAAUAUUAGAAUAUACGAUCGGCGGUUCUGCAGUUGCUCGUGGCAUUUCUCCAAAUCUGGCAUUGCUUUUCGGUGGUCCAGACAGUCUGCCUGCUUUUCUAGCCCGUCAUUCUAUUCCUGGGCUUGGUGUAGUGGUUGAUCCAUGUGCAGCAAUUCUAGUAGUUGUUGUAACUGGGCUCUUGUGUGUCGGGAUCAAGGAGAGCACCAUGGCACAAGCCAUUGUCACAAUAGCAAAUGUGUGCGCCAUGAUCUUUGUCAUUAUAGCUGGUGGGUAUUUGGGUUUCAAGACAGGAUGGACUGGCUAUGAACUUCCUGUCGGGUACUUCCCUUUUGGUGCCGAUGGUAUGCUUGCUGGGGCUGCAACAGUCUUCUUUGCCUACAUUGGUUUUGAUUCCGUUGCUAGUACUGCAGAGGAGGUGAAGAAUCCUCAACGUGAUUUGCCCUUGGGUAUAGGGGCUGCACUAUCUAUAUGUUGCUCAUUGUAUAUGCUGGUGUCUAUUGUCAUUGUUGGUCUGGUACCCUAUUAUGCGAUGGAUCCUGAUACCCCCAUCUCCUCUGCAUUUGCUAGCCAUGGGAUGCAGUGGGCAGCGUAUAUUAUAACUGCUGGAGCUACUACCGCCCUAUGCUCGACAUUAAUGGGUUCAAUACUUCCGCAGCCACGAAUACUGAUGGCGAUGGCGAGAGAUGGAUUACUACCCUCUUUCUUUUCUGAUGUUAAUAAACGGACUCAAGUUCCUAUCAAGAGCACAGUAAUAACGGGUAUAGUUGCUGCAACAUUGGCAUUCUUCAUGGAUGUAGCAGAGUUGGCAGGGAUGGUUAGCGUGGGUACGCUUCUUGCAUUCACUAUGGUGGCAAUAUCUGUUCUGAUAUUAAGAUAUGUCCCACCAGAGGAGGUGCCAGUUCCAUCAUCGCUCCAGGCGUCAAUAGAUUCAGUGUCUUUGCUAUAUAGUAGUAGUAGUAGUACAAAGGAUGUAGAAGGGCAUAACCCAAAAGAUUCUAUUGCAAGUGAUACCGAGAGCACUAAACUCUUACUUGGCAAGGUGGACGAACCGGUUGUGUAUCCUCUCAUUCCUAAACAAGCAGCUUGCAUUCUAAAUGAUAACAGGCGGAAAAUUGCUGGUUGGACUAUAAUGUUUACGUGUGUUGGAGUGCUGCUCCUUACAGGUUCAGCUUCAAGCAUUGGCCUCUCAAGCUUUUUCCGGUUUACUGUGUGUGGACUUGGGGGUGUUCUUCUUCUGUCUGGUUUGGUAGUUCUCACCUGUAUAGAUCAAGAUGAUGCAAGGCACAGCUUUGGGCACACAGGAGGUUUCAUUUGCCCAUUCGUUCCACUCCUCCCUAUUGCUUGUAUUCUCAUCAACGUCUACCUGCUGAUAAAUCUUGGAGCUGCUACUUGGACUCGCGUGUCUAUAUGGUUACUAGUGGGAGUUUUAGUUUACAUUUUCUACGGACGAACCCACAGCUCACUGAGAAAUGCCGUCUAUGUGCCGGCAGCGCAUGUGGAGGAAAUAUAUCGCAGCUCCGAAAGUUCUCUGCCUUAGACGGCCGCAGGAUUGCGUUUUCCGAAGAAGCUGUUGUGUGCUUGGAAUAUUAGGUGUAUUUUUUCCCUUUCUCCGUGUAUUUUUCUGUAUGUAAUAUUCAUGUGUAUGUGGAAGUCUUUCGUGGAAAGGGAUGUGUUAUAGACAAAAGGGUGGGAGAAAGGAACAUGAGAAGAAAAAACCCUACUGUCAUAUUGUUUGUACAGUGUAUCUGUUGUAUUGGUCAUUGAGCAAAGGAGUCUUUGCUCAAAAUAUGUAAAUAAUUAUUGAAGAAUUGGUAAUUCCUCAUCGGGAAUGUCAACGCGCACUUAUUUUA